AUGGAGCGCUUUGUCCGUGUUCCCUACGGCUUGUACCAGGGUUAUGGGAACACAGUGCCUUUGGGCCAGCCUGGACUCUCAGGGCACAAACAGCCCGACUGGAGGCAAAAUAUGGGUCCUCCCACUUUUCUGGCCAGGCCAGGGCUGCUGGUGCCUGCGAACGCCCCUGACUACUGCAUUGACCCUUACAAGAGGGCGCAGCUUAAGGCCAUUCUCUCCCAGAUGAACCCCAGCCUGAGCCCGCGGCUGUGCAAGCCCAACACCAAGGAGGUGGGCGUGCAGGUGAGCCCGCGGGUGGACAAGGCUGUGCAGUGCUCUCUGGGGCCUCGCACCCUCAGCAGCUGCUCCUCCUGGGACGGCAGAGACCCCCAGGAGCCCCUGCCAGCCUGUGGGGUCACUUCGCCCGCCACCGGCAGCAGGGGCUUGAUCCGCCUGCGGAGAGAUGGGGACGAAGCGGAGAGCAAGGCGCUCCCGGGCCCUGCGGAGGCCAGCCAGCCCCAGCCACCACCACGGAGGUCAGGAGCUGACAGGCAGGAGGAGCCCGGGCAGCUGGAGGAAUCGGGGGAGAAAGACGCCCCGUGCCCUCAGGAGACGAAGAGCAAGCAGGUGCCUGGAGACGCCGCCUCCGAGCCGCUCCGGAGGCCCAACUUCCAGUUUUUGGAACCAAAAUAUGGCUAUUUCCACUGUAAAGAUUGUAAGACCAGGUGGGAGAGUGCUUACGUGUGGUGCAUUUCUGGAACAAACAAGGUUUAUUUCAAACAACUCUGUUGUAAAUGCCAAAAGAGUUUUAACCCUUAUCGAGUAGAAGCAAUCCAAUGCCAGACCUGCUCAAAGUCUCAUUGUUCCUGUCCUCAAAAGAAGAGACACAUUGAUCUAAGGAGGCCUCAUCGACAGGAACUGUGUGGUCGCUGCAAAGACAGGAGAUUCUCCUGUGGCAAUAUUUACAGCUUUAAAUAUGUGAUGUGA